UUCCUCGUGUUUUAACUGUACUUUGAUCAAACUUGUGAUCGCUGCUAAUCAGCAGUCAGAGAACUGUGAGAAGUGAACAUAUAUACACAUAUAUCAUAUAUAUAUAUAAUCAGUGUGACUGACGAGGAGACGCCAUGAAGAGACGAGUGGUUCAAAAGACUCCUUCAACUUCCGGAGUGGGAGCAGCUCAGAGAACUAAGCAGAGGAAGGAGGAGACCCUGUCCCGAUGGUGGCUGAAAAGAAGCUUAUUGGCCGUCUUUGUCGUCUUCAUAUUGGUGCCCGCCUCGCUGACAACACUCCCAGAUUUAAUUCAGCACUUUGUUUACACUCACAGAAUCAGGCUGCCGUUCUUCCUUGACCUCCGCCAACCUGCUGAUCUCUCCCUUAAUCACACAAUCAACAUGUACUUAACAUCAGAGAAGGGAAUCUCCCUCGGCGUAUGGCACACUGUCCCUGAAAGUCGGUGGAAGGAGGCACGGGGGAAGGACUUGGCGUGGUACCAGAACACUUUAAGCGAUGGAAGGCCAGUUUUCAUAUAUCUUCAUGGGAACACGGGCACAAGGGCAGCCUCUCAUCGGGUGGGAGUGGCAAAAAUAUUGAGUUCACUUGAUUUCCACGUGCUGGUGCCUGACUACAGAGGGUUUGGAGACUCCACUGGGGAGCCGACUGAGGCCGGACUGACCACUGACGCCCUCUACUUGUACAACUGGGUCAAAGCUCGCAGUGGAAACAGCCUGGUUGUCUUCUGGGGACACUCUCUUGGCACCGGUGUGGGCACCAACACUGCAGCAAAACUGAUUGAGCAAGGUGUAGUUCUUGACGGUGUCAUCUUGGAGGGUGCAUUUAAUACUGCUAGACAGCCGAUUACAGAUCAUCCAUUUACUUGGUAUUACUGGAAACUUCCAGGCACUGGAUACUUUUUCCCGGAACCAUGGGCAGAAAACAAGUGUUUUUUUCCUACUGAAGAAAAUUUGAAGAAAAUGAAAAGUCCAAUACUUUUCCUUCAUUCAGAGGACGAUCACCUAGUUCCCAUUCAGAUUGCUCAGCAGAUGUACGAGGUGGCAGUGAGUGCCCAGAAUGCAGAGCAAGUGAAGAUAGUUUCAUUCGAUGGUUCUCUGGGGUACCUGCACAACGGCUUGUACCGAGACCCUAGUGUGCCUGACAUCAUUAAGAACUUUGUGCUGUCGUUGUAAUGAGGGCAAGACAAUGGAAACCGAAAAACCACGCCACAUUCCAGAUGAUUUCAUUUCAAUAUUUUUGAUUUGUCUUUACUGCUGCAUAUGAAUAAAUAUAUGAUCCACAAUGUUUGUGAUGAAUACAAAUAAAAUUGUUUAGGGGAAUCAAUAGCUGUAAAUUUAAUUUUUAAAGUUGCAAUUGCUUAGGAAGGAUUACAUUCUUAACUGCUGUUUUUUUUAUUAUAUCUGUCAACAAUAAAUCAUCCUGACUUAACAGAACUAUGAA